GAAGUGAAAAUGGCGGAUUCGGAAAAGGUGAAGGAGUCGAUGGAAUCAGCAUCCAGCGAAAUUUCGAGAGAAUUCAGAAGCCUAACUGAUUCGCGAGAUUUGGAUUCGAUCAAACAAGCACAAAAUCUCAUAUUAGGGAGAAUGCAAGACAGCAAUGCAGUGUUGUCUCGCUUCAACGAGUACUCGGAGAAUUGCUUCAUGGAAGUGCACGCUGAUUUUGCGAAGAACACGCGCCUCUUGCGGUCCAUGAAAUCGGACCUGGAUUACAUCUUUCAGAAGCUCAGGAGCCUUAAGAACAAGAUUGCAGGAACCUAUCCGGAUGCUUUUCCUGAUACCUCUGAAAUUGAAGCUCUUGAUCAAAGACCAGACCUGGAGUUGCCCAAGGAUAGCUAGAAAUGAAUUCCCACUCACAUCUUCUUCUGCUCUAAAUCCACUUCACACUGUUGCUCUUAGAAUUCACUGUUUCUUCUGAAGUGUUGUCCAAACCGUGUGAAGUUGUGAAAAGUGCCUUACAAAAGAGGUUGUAUUAGUAAUGUGUUUUUCACUUCCUCGAAAACUAAUGCUUUCUUCGUCUAUCAUUAAAUAUCUCAUUUUCUCGUUUUUAGAUGUCUCA